GCCAGCCAGCCAGCCAGCCCUGCUUUUAUGGACUAACUAACAGUUCACAGGUUUAAUGCCGGAGGUUUCAAUGUAACAGCCACUUUCUUUAACUCUAAACUUGGACUUAACUCAGACUGUCGGGGAAUUACACCGCUGAUUUGUGCACGAGAGAAAAACAUGACGGCCGACAAGGAGAAGAAGAGGAGCAGCUCAGAGCGUCGUAAGGAGAAGUCCCGUGAUGCCGCUCGCUGCAGGCGAAGCAAAGAGACGGAGGUUUUCUACGAGCUGGCUCACCAGCUGCCCCUCCCCCACAGCGUCAGCUCUCACCUGGACAAAGCCUCCAUCAUGAGGCUGGCUAUCAGCUUCCUGCGCACACGCAAGCUGCUUGCCACAGGCAGCAGCAGCAGCAGCAGCAGCAGCAGCAGCAGCAGCAGUGACGGUGACGAGGAUGGACAGAUGGACAGUCUGUACCUGAAGUCUCUGGAGGGCUUCAUCACCGUGGUAACGUCAGACGGCGACAUGAUAUUCCUGUCUGAGAACAUCAACAAAUUCAUGGGGCUUACGCAGGUGGAGCUCACUGGUCACAGCAUCUUUGACUUCACUCAUCCAUGUGACCAUGAGGAGAUCAGAGAAAACCUCAGCCUGAAGACAGCCGGAAGCGGCUUCGGUAAAAAAGGCAAAGAGCUGAACACCGAGCGGGAUUUCUUCAUGAGGAUGAAAUGCACGGUGACCAACAGGGGACGCACCGUCAACCUCAAGUCGGCCAGCUGGAAGGUGCUGCACUGCACCGGACACCUGAAGAUGUACAACAGCUGCCCUCCCAGAGUGCUGUGCGGCUUCAAAGAGCCUCCGCUCACCUGCGCCGUUCUGAUGUGCGAACCCAUCCCACACCCAUCCAACAUCGACACGCCGCUGGACAGCAAGACCUUCCUGAGCAGACACAGCAUGGACAUGAAGUUCACCUACUGCGACGAGAGGGUAACAGAACUGAUGGGUUACACUCCUGAGGAUCUGGUGGGUCGUUCAGUCUACGACUUUUACCACGCCCUGGACUCAGACAGCGUCACCAAGAGCCACCACAACUUGUGUAGUAAGGGUCAGGCGGUGAGCGGUCAGUACCGAAUGCUGGCUAAGAACGGAGGCUACAUCUGGGUCGAAACCCAGGGAACUGUUAUUUAUAACAGCCGCAACUCGCAGCCCCAGUGCAUCGUGUGCAUCAACUAUGUCCUCAGCGACAUCGAGGAGAAGUCGAUGAUCUUCUCCUUGGAGCAGACGGAGUCCCUGUUCAAGCCGCGCCACAUGAGCAGCUUCUUCACUGCCGGAGGCGCAGGUGUGACCGGAGAGCCGGGAGACGCCCUUUUCACCAAACUCAAAGAGGAGCCCGAGGACCUGGCCCAGCUGGCUCCGACGCCCGGAGACACCAUCGUUUCCCUCGACUUCGGUCGCCCUCAGUUCGAGGUGUCCGCCGCCGCCGCCAUGCUCCCUCCAGGACCUCCGUCCUGGGCCAGCGAGAGUCACAAGGCGGGCCCUCCGGCAUCAGGCCAGACCCCGGCUCCGGUCCCGGUUCCAGGGGACAUGGCUAACAUGGCCGGUACAUUCACAGUGCAGCAGAACCCGCCGCCGGGCAGCGCCACCCCGAGCCUGAGCAGCUGCUCCACGCCCAGCAGCCCAGGUGAUUACUACAGCUCAGUGGAGAGUGACCUGAAGGUGGAGCUGACGGAGAAGCUGUUUGCUCUGGACACAGAGGGCAACAGUCCUGCAAACACUGAGACGGACUUAAGCGACUUGGACCUGGAGACUCUGGCUCCUUAUAUCCCCAUGGACGGAGAGGACUUCCAGCUGAAUCCCAUCAUCCCGGAGUCCGAGCCCCUGGAGGGGGGUCCGGCGGGAUCCAUGGGGAGCAGCAGCAGCCUGCCGCAAACACGCCAGGCAUCCCAUCAGAGCUCCAGCAACAUCGCCGGCCUCUUCCAGCCCCUGUCCUCCCCUCCUCAGCCCCAAGGCCACUACCAGCCCCAGCCAGCUGCAGCCUGGGCCACAGGGGAGAAGAGAGGCUCCAGCCAUGGGACCGUGAACCCCCGCUCGGGGUCAUACAUGAUGGGUCACAUGCAGAAUCCCCCGUACCAGGCCCCGGCCAGCACCCCUCUGUCCUCCAUGGGCGGCAGGCAGAAUCUGCAGUGGCCGCCGGACCCUCUGUUAACCUACCAACAACAACAACCACAGGCCACCAAGGCCUACCGCAUGGACACUUUGACAGGAGAGGCGCGCCCGUCCUGCCAACAGAACAUGACGCAUCUCAUGCAGAAACAGAGGUCCAUUGACAACUUUAUACAAGCCUACAGAGACAUGAGUCCCGCCAGAGUGGCCAUGACCAACAGCUUCAAGCGCUCCUUCACCCAGAUGGCUGUGGGUGAAAGUAAGGCGUCAGAAUUCACAUGGAAGAAGAUGAGGGGCAACGGCUGUGUCGCCAUGGAUCGCUCCCUCAGCGCAGGAUCACUGACAGAGUCGGGGAUGAGCAGGAUGAUGUCAGGCAGCAUGUCCUCGUGUCUCAGCUCCCUGCAGCAGCACAGGAAGUCUCAGUAUCCUGGAAACGGGAUCGGCGGCGCCAGCGAGAAAGUCUUCGCCCAAAAGAGCUGCAACUACACCGAUUACAACAUGCUGCCUUCUAACAAGCCCGCCGGUCUAGCUAGUCGUUUGCUGGGCCCCUCGUUUGAGCCCUCCUGUCUGCCGGAGUUGACCCGUUACGACUGCGAGGUCAACGUCCCGCUGCAGGGAAACCUGCACCUCCUCCAGGGCUGUGACCUGCUGAGAGCCCUGGACCAGGCCACCUAGAGCCCCAGAUUCAAACCCCACCAUAGACCCGGACUUAAUCCCGGCCCUGAACCUCGACCUGCAACCCGAGACUUAGAGCCUAAAUCUUUACCUUCAUACCUCUGGGUUUUCUGAAAGCUCUGAGGCUAAGCUACCUAUAGGGAAUGGUAUUCAUUAGCUUAUAUGACUCGGCCCCUCACUGGUUCUCUCUGUAGUUCUGUGCCUUGACCAUCUAAACAAGCUGAGAUAUCAGGGUCAAGCCACUUACGCCCCCUUGUUUCCCCUCGCAAACGUUUGACUCAAAUCAGACGCAGGUCGACCACCGAUGUGCGAACGUUGCCCUGCAUUGAGCCGACCGCACACACACAGGACCCAGACAUGUAAGAAAACGCGGGUCAGUCCAAAACGAUGCCCGACCUGAGUCCUGUGUUAAAGUCUCGACACCGGGACGUCUCUGGUCACCGCCGGGUCUUUGGUGCAAACGGGUUAUUAGACACACGAUCUGCCUUAAAGGCCAGCUCUGCCCAAACACCUACAGCCAUACGCCGCGUCAUACCAGCUGUUUCCUGCCGUGACUUACGUGGGAAUCCAUGACCAUGCUACACAUAG